CUCUUACUUCUAAAGUAGGUUGUCAGUUUAAGACCUAUUGCCUCAUCUGGAUGGCAUUCUCGUGCAGUACUGAAGAGCGGCUACAAUGUUGAUUAAACCACAGCCCUGACUACCCUUGAUGUUUGAAACUAAUUGGCAGCAACGUUAGAACAUUUAUACACACACCAGCAAUGAGCCAUUUUGUCUUCAAGAACCAGCGGCUAGAGAUUAGGACGUUGCGGAGAGAACCAGACUCGUUGAAGAGUGCGAGAAUACUUAAACUUGAAAUAAUCUGUUGAAAAAAUACUUUGUGAACAUGCUGCUGCUUGCUGUUUCCUUUUUGUCUUUCCUCUUGGUGAUACAAGCAUCUCCUCUGGAUCAGGUGCUGACAUACAUUGAUGAUCAUCAAGAUGACUAUGUGCAGCAUCUGAAGGAGUGGGUUGCGAUCCAGAGUGAGUCAGGUAACCCGCUGAAGAGAGACAGCGCGAUCGAGAUGGUCCGUGUUGUUGGGGAGGCGAUCAAACGUCUGGGAGGAUCUGUCGAAUUAACGGAUGUGGGCAGUGAAGAGCUUACCGAUGGAAGAACCAUUCCCUUGCCACCUGUGCUUUUGGGUGAAUUGGGAAUGGAUCCAAAUAAAGCGACCAUCUGUAUAUAUGGACAUCUUGAUGUUCAAGCUGCAAGACUUGAGGAUGGGUGGACAACUGACCCAUAUGUGUUGACUGAACGAGAUGGUAAACUUUACGGCCGUGGUGCCUCGGAUGACAAGGGGCCAGUUCUGGCUUGGCUUCAUGCAAUUGAAGCAUUUCAGAAACUGAAACAAGAACUGCCAGUGAAUUUGAAGUUUAUUUUUGAAGCUAUGGAGGAAUCUGGAUCAAAGGGGCUGGAGAAACUCUUGAUUGAGAGAAAUGCAACCUUUUUUUCCAAUGUGGACUACAUCGUAAUAUCGGAUAGUGGGUGGCUCAGCUCAAAACCAGUCCUGACUUAUGGUACUCGAGGAAACUGCUAUUUCUUUGUAGAGGUACAAUGCGCAAAACAAGAUUUGCACUCUGGACUCUACGGGGGGGUGAUACAUGAGGCAAUGAAUGACCUCAUUGCCCUCCUCGGCAGCCUUGUGAAUUCAACCGGUCACAUCCUGAUUCCUGACAUCGAUGCGGAUGUUGUGCCCCUUACCAGCGAGGAGCUUCUCUUGUACAAAGCAAUCGAAUUUAAUCCUGAACACUUCAAGGAUAGUAUUGGUGCCUCAAGACUCCGCUAUGAAGCUAAGGAGGACAUACUUCUACACCGGUGGAGAUAUCCGGCAUUGUCGAUUCACGGAAUUGAAGGAGCUUUCUCGGGCCCUGGUGCCAAAACUGUUAUCCCUGCAAAAGUGACGGGAAAGUUCUCCAUUCGUUUAGUCCCCAACAUGGAUCCCAACGUGGUAAACCGUCAGGUUACUGCAUAUCUCAACCAAGUAUUUGCUGAACUCAGAAGUCCCAACAAGCUUCAAGUUUUCUUUAAUGGUGGAUCGAAAGCCUGGGUAGCUGAUGUCACUGACAAGCAGUACGUUGCUGGGCGAAGGGCCAUCCGCAGAGUAUUUGGAGUGGAAGCAGAGCUGAUCCGAGAAGGAGGAACAAUUCCCAUUGCCAGGGCCCUGCAACAAACAACGCAGAAGAGUGUGCUGAUGCUACCGAUUGGUGGUGCUGAUGACGCCAUACAUUCUCAGGAUGAAAGUAUCAGCAGAGACAACUACAUUCAUGGAACAAAGUUAUUUGUGGCAUAUCUGGAUGAGAUUUCACAGCUUAACGAGCCACGGCCUACUUUGUAAUCUAUUGAUCAAGUAGCCAAACUCAUUAUGUAGCAUAUAUUCACACAAGAUUACCACUCCAGAACAAAACUAGAACUUCCCUGGGAUAACAUUUUAAAUAGAAUGGUAGUCAGAAACCGAUGUUAUCUGUCAUCAAAAUGAAUCCUGCCGUAUGAAUUUAGAAUUAAAAAAAAUCUUUUCAAUUAUAUUUGGAAAAUACAUACAUUAUCCUAUGCAUUUAUUUAUCAAUACCGUAAUGUUUAGGAGGUUAACCAUAUAAUAACCAUAUAACAAUUACAGCACGGAAACAGGCCAUCUCGACCCUUCUAGUCCGUGCUGAACACAUAAUCUCCCCUAGUCCCAUAUUCCUGCGCUCAGACCAUUACCCUCCAUUCCCUUCCCAUCCAUAUAACUAUCCAAUUUAUUUUUAAAUGAUAAAAACUCCACCACCUUCACUGGAAGCUCAUUCCACACAGCUACCACUCUCUGAGUAAAGAAGUUCCCCCUCAUGUUACCCCUAAACUUCAGUCCCUUAAUUCUCAUGUCAUGUCCCCUUGUUUGAAUUUUCCCUACUCUCAGUGGGAAAAGCUUUUCCACGUCAACCAGGUUGCUGGUUCAUAAAUCCUGAAAGCGUGAAGAAGGAAUCUGUCUUGGAAACAUUAAACCCAAUACCUGAAUGGACAAAGCGUCUAACUUCAUGGUGGAAGUAAAGCAACAUUAUUUUUAUUGUACGUAGUUUCUAACAAAAAAUAAAUCAGUUACUAUUUGAAUAUCUGACAAAAA